UGAUGGGCUUAUCAGCUAACCUACAUUGUACUGAUGCUACCCCUCAUCCACCUAUUCUUUCACAUGGUACCGUUAUCCCUGAAGCUGAUUGACUAGCUUCCUAGCAUUUAUAUAUGUUUGAGCUGAGUGACAUCUAGUUCGAUAGCUUCAUCUGUAAUAGUUGUAUCAUGACUGAUUCUCACGUCAGACCUAGCCGGUAAACAACACAAUGGCUAAUGAACCGAAAGAUUCCGGUGUUUCAUUCUCUCAAUUCUUCGAUCGAUGCAAAUUACCCUCAAGUAUUAAAGAUGACUGUGAUGCGUUCGUAAGGUCAAGGUAUUCCGAGCCGGUCCGGCCGGCUCCAUUCCAAGGUUACUGUUCCUACACAGUAUUUGUCGGAGAGGAGACUGUUGUCCAAUUUAGGCCAUUGGCUCACAAACUUGAUAUUGGGAUCACAAGCACAGCCUGUGAGAUUUUUGGACCUUUGGCUCCUGAAACGGAAUACAUCGGGGAGUUAGAAGGAGCUGGCCUUUAUGUAUUUUCCAUGAAGAAGAUACCGGGUGUCUCGCUUGCGGAUCUUCGUGCCGAAACCAAACUCUCACAAGGGAGGUCACAACGAGAACAUGUGGUGAGAGACUUCGCUCAUCUCCAGGCGGCGGCCUGGGCUCAUGCACGAAGCAAUGAGAACAUUCAAAACAAAAAGACAGUCGGCUCUUCAAUCCGUUGGCGAUUAGAGCUUAUGGCGAAGAAGCUCCCGUCUCGUUUCCGUGGUAUCGCAAAAUCGGUCCUUCUUGAUCUAUCGAAAAUCGAGGCUCUACCUUGGGUUUUAAGUCAUGGUGAUUUCUUACCCUCAAACAUUAUGGUACACCCAAAAACCGGGAAGCUCGCGGGUUUGGUUGACUGGACCGAGGGCGAGUUUCUUCCUUUUGGCGUUGGCAUGUAUGGCUUGCAGGAACUUUUGGGAGAAGACAGAGAUGGGCAUUUUGUCUACUAUCCUGAAGCGAAGUAUCUCCGGAAGCUUUUCUGGGCCGAACUUUUCUCAAACAUUCCGGAACUGUCUCGGGACACCCGGCGUGUUGCACUUAUUCGUAAGGCGCAGAUUCUAGGCAUAUUCUUGUGGCACGGAAUAGCGUUUGACAACGGCAAGUUAGAUCGAGCCGUUGAGGAAGGGAAAGAUGAUGGUGAGGUUGAGAGACUCGACGCUUUCCUAUUAUCUCGUACGGGGUCAGGCCCUCGAAAGCUACGAAUCAUCCAUCCUUUCAUAUAUUCGCCUACUGGAUUUAUACGCGGGAUUCUAUUUGGAAAGGCAUAAUGAUGUUGACGAUACCUCUGUAUUACGUAUUGAUUUACUAGAAUGAUUUACAAUGUACUUAACUAUCAGAUAAAUUAUCCAGCAACC